AUGGAUGGUGAUCCUAACGUCGUUGUCCUGAAUAACGUUACAUACCGCUUAUCAGAACUUUCUGCAGAAGAGAAAUUCAGAAUAGAACAUUUAAAAUAUCAUGAGAAACACAGAGGUCAUGAAAAAAUGCAUCUUGAGAUGUUUCUGGUGGCAGUGUUCAGUCUAUUGGUUUGUCAGAUGGGACUUAUGUUUUGGAAACAGCGUCACUUUCGAUCCUACCAACUCGUAACACUCAUUGCCAUGUGGUUAGUGCCAUUUAUAUACAGCAUAUUCGCGGACUUUUCAAGAUUUGUUGUUAUUUGGGUUCUGUUUUCAUUAACCACAGGGGCAAUGGUGUAUUUGGCUUCAAAAAAGCGUAUCAGCACUACUACACCGAGGCGAGUAUAUCGAUGGUUCUUAUUUAUUCAUACAAUCUCUUAUAUCCUCGGUGUUGGCGGCUACAUUCUAAUGAUGUUAACAUUUUUUCAAGUGAAUCUUCUGUUCUUACUGCCUACAAAAAUUGCAAUGGAUAUAGCUAUGCUGGCUUUAUUCUACGGUCUUUAUUAUGGCGUGAUUGCAAGAGAUUUCGCUGAAGUAUGUACAGAUAAAAUGGCUGCAAAAAUAGCAUAUCGAGUACCACAUGGUAUGCCAGUUCGACGAAUUGAUCCAUCCAUAUGCUCAAUAUGUACAAAUGAUUUAACAACAGAUAGUGGAGAAAAAGUUCAUCGACUCAAUUGUACUCAUGUCUUCCAUGAUUUUUGUAUACGAGGUUGGUGUAUCAUCGGGAAGAAAGAUACAUGUCCAUAUUGUAAUGAGAAGGUGAACUUGAAGCAAACAUUUACAAAUCCAUGGGAUAAACCGCAUAUUUUAUACGGGAAUCUAUUGGAUUGGGUUCGUUAUCUAGUUGCUUGGCAACCUGUGAUAUUAGGCUUUGUUCAACUUGUGAACACUGCUCUAGGUUUACAAUGAAGAAAAAGCAGCAGAAGAAGAAGAAGGUGGAAGAGGUGGCGAAGAGUCAACUGCAUCAAUCACAAUCAUAAGAAGAAGAAACUAACUAGUCUGGUACACCA